CAACAGUAAACAAAACUUAAACUGAGAUACGGGAUUUUAAGUAUAUCGUAGCUGGAAGUCGCAUCUUGGAAGGAACAGUUAAGCAUGAAUGCAUAUCUGAACACAGUGCACCUCACGUAAUUUAUCUGUGGUACAACAGAUACACUGCACUUCAUCCAAUUUAUAGUACAGGGAGCAGCAGCAAUUAGAAAGUGAAGUAUUAACCAUACCACCUUUUCUGGGAGUGAAGUAUUAACAACCUUUUCUGGGAGACUAAAUUAGCUCAAAUGCAGUAAUGAAUAUGUGGUUUUGGAUAAUUUACUUCUUUGGAGGUGUGAUUUUUGUCUUUGCAUCCAGACUGAACAGUACGUUUCUAGCUAACGUAAAAUUAACUCAGCUUGUUGUGGACACUGAGACCCGUACAGUUUAUGUUGGAGCAGUAAACAGACUUUUCCAGCUCACGGAAGAUUUAAAGCUACAGCACGAAGCCGUAAUAGGCCCUGAGGAUGAUGAUAAAACGUGUACCCCUCCAGUUAAGAUCGCUACCUGUCCUAAUGCUAAACUGACAGACAACUAUGUCAAGCUGUUGCUCUUGGACAAACCCAAAGAAAGGGUGGUUGUUUGUGGGACUCUCUUCAGAGGACUGUGUGCAUUAAGGAGUUUGACAAACAUCAGUAACGAGCUCUAUUAUGUGAAAGAUAAGGGAGAAAAAUGUUAUGUUGUAACCAAUGAUGAGAACCUUUCAACAGUUGGUCUGAUAACUACUGUAUCAGAUAAUAGACUCAUGUACGUCGCGAAAGGCAAUGGACAGUCAGAUAAUGGGCUUGCUAUCAGCAUUAGACUCUUGGAUACAACUCCAGGCAGUGAUAAAGUGCCAUUUGAGACAAACUCUGAGGCUUUAGUUUAUAAACAGGACCGUACACAUAAUCAGCCACGAUUUUUGUCUGUGUUUGAAACAGAUGAACAUGUUUACUUUAUCCUGUCCAGAGUAGAACAAAAACCUGAUGUCAAAAACAAAACCUAUAUUGCACGCCUGUGCAAAAUCGAUAUUAACUUCUAUUCAUACAUCGACAUUGCCUUGGAGUGUGAUGGUAGCACAUUCAACAUCGCACAGUCUGCAUAUGUCACUAAUCCUAGUGAAGAAUUAGCAAGGAGCAUGUCUGAUUCAGGUAACUAUGGCGAUGUGACAACACACGAUAAGGUGCUGUUUGUUGUCUUUAAGAAAGUGGAUAAAGAGCAACCCUCCAGGAUGUCUGCUUUAUGCAUGUUUCCCUUAAAACAAAUUAAUGACAAAAUGGAAGAAAUGCGACACAAAGCCUACAGUAAUAAACCACCACCAACGAUCUUUAAUCCCUAUGGAGAAACAAAGACUACAGGCAGCACAGGUGGAGAGGUAAUUUUGUUUUUAAUUUUUAUUUACAUAUUUUUUUAA